UUGACUGCCGCACCAGGACUUAAGUCAUUUUUCAAAAAUGAAAUAAUACGCUCCAUUUCGUAUGACCACGUCUAGUAUAUGAUGAAACGUAUGUUCAAAUACACACACAAAAAAAACAUGAUUAAUACCAUCAUACGACAUGGUUGAAAUCCUCAUCGACCUGGCGGAAGUUGUGGUGUUCAGAGGGAACUAUUUGACUGAUACCCCAGGACGUCAUCCCAUUUCGUCAAAAACACAAUCCAUUGCACCCCUUUAUCUCGCCAUAUUUACGUUAAAUACAAUACAAAUAAAUCGCGUGCAGCUAAAAAUACAGCGCUGUUAAUAUGUUCAUAUUAUUACAAUUUUACUGGUCCCGUGAAAACGGGAAUUCUUUGACUGUUACACUUGGUCCUACACUGAAAUAUUUCCCCCUCUAAUCCACAACCCAAGCAACCCGUUUUCGUCUAGUGUAAACAUCCGCGAUUGUGACUUGAUAUUUUCCUUUGACUAUCGGAUACACGGAGACAAUUGGGGAAAGAUAACAGAAUGACAUCACCUUCUCCCCAUGAGCGAAGCGCAAAGAAGACGACGACGGAUGCCGAAGAAGCCGAAGACCCCGUGGAGCGAAUGAUCUCUCGUACGGGCUGCGGCGAGCUGCACGAAGCGCUGCAGGACUGCAUGGCCGAGCAUCAGGACUGGCGAGUGUGCCAGAGCCACGUGGGCGCCUUCAAAAAAUGCAUGAACGACUACCACAAGGUGCGGCAGGAGCACUUGAGCCAGCGGCGGCGGAUGGCCAACAACACCCCCACCUGACAACACCCUCCACUCUAGAACACGCUCAAGGUGUCUUGAUUUGCCAAAGCGGAGCCUGGACCUCAGGAUUGCGGAAUCUGGAUCGCAUCUAGAUUCGCCACGAGCUGUAUAUUCUUUCUCAACUGACAAACACGCAAAAUUUGAUUUGCUGAUGUUACGUUGAAACUUGUUUUAUGAAUAAAAAGAAUUGUCCGGAUCAGAUCGGAA